AUGGCUACUACGACCGCACUAGACUAUCUUCGCUCACGCACUGUCGUGGACUGCGACACAGCGGAUAUUGAGGUCGCUAAAUCACUGGGUCCUUUCCAACACUCUACCUCGAACCAGGCCAUCAUCCUCGGGGAACUAUUGAAACCAUCUUCUGCAGAGAUUGUUGCCUCCGCCAAGGCGGAUGCGAAGGUCCUCCAUCCCAAGUACUCUUCCAUCAGCGUCGAGGAACUGGCUGUUGAAAUUGGUAUUGUUCGCCUAGCUGUGAGAAUGUCGAGUCACAUCCAGGGAACCGUCCUCGUGCAGACAAACCCCUAUCACUCGUACUCACAAGAGAAGACGGUUGUGAACGCUCUUCGACUUGUCCAGCUGUUCCAGCACGUCCAGCCAGGAUUUGACAUUACUCGCAUCGCUAUCAAAAUCCCCAGUACCUGGGAGGGAAUGAUGGCCUGCCACACACUUGAACUUGCGGGUGCCGUGCUCGCAGCUGAGGUGGGAUGCACUUAUAUCUCGCCCUAUGUGAACGAACUCAGGGCCCAUAUCCAAGAAGGUUUUGUGGACCAUGCAAAGCUGCUUCCUCUCUGUCGGGCAAUUCAGGAGUACUACAAGUCGAUCAACGCUAAGACUCAGGUUUUGGGAGCUAGCCUUACCUCCACCGAAGAAAUUUUCUCCCUUGCUGGUAUUGAUCGCCUAACUAUUUCUCCACCUUUGCUUGAGCAGCUCAGCACUCAACCCAAGCCUGCGAAUGCCCCGUCGCUAUUUGAUGUUGCUCCGACUGUGCCGCUCCCGGCCCCAGGAACUUCGUAUUUGAAUGACUCUGGGAAGUUCCAGAUCACUUUUGCUCUUGACCUUAAUGGUGCCAGUAAUGUCAAAUUGAUAGAGGCUGUCAAUGCCUUCUGUGGCUUCCAGGACAAGCUGGUGCAGCUCAUGUCAUGA